AGUAGCAUCACCACGUUGCUAUUUUCGAUGUCGUAAGUUUGGAUGAUGGUCUUUGGGCCAGUCCAAAUUUUAUCAGUUAUUGAUUUUGAUAUUUCGUGAAUGCCUUUGACUUUGAACAAUAUCGGGUUGGAUUGGUUUUAAUUGUUGCGUUGGAAGAAGAUCGAGAUGGGUAUUCCAGCUGGUGACGCAGAAAAAGGCAAGAAGCUCUUUGUGAGCAGAUGUGCACAAUGCCAUACUGUAGAGAAGGGUGGCAAGCACAAGACUGGCCCGAAUCUAAAUGGACUUUUUGGUAGAAAGACUGGACAAGCGCCAGGAUUUUCAUACACAGACGCAAAUAAAUCUAAAGGAAUCACCUGGAACGAAGACACACUUUUCAUUUACCUCAAAGAUCCUAAGAAGUACAUCCCUGGAACCAAAAUGGUGUUCGCUGGCCUGAAGAAAGAGAAUGAGAGAGCAGAUCUCAUAGCCUACUUGAAGGAAGCAACGAAGUAAAUUCGUUAAAGUAAAACUCAAAAAAUCUUGUUAGUGAAGGACCGAGACUGCCUUAUGUGAUAAUUUGAGGCGUUUUGACAGUUCCCUUCGAAGCCGGUAUUAUUCACAAAAUGACGGUUUUUGUCCAUGUCAUAGUGAAAUAAUUUGUACAAAUUAGAUGAAAUUUUAACUUAUUCUUUAUUUUAAAAUAUACCUUUAAUUGAUA